UUUAGGGUUUAUAGGUUUGGUCAUUUGAGAGUGUUAAACGCUGAUACUUAUUUUAUCAGCAAACGAUGAGGUUCUCGGACUUCUUUCGCGGCGAACCUUCCGGUUCUGGUGACCCUGAACUGGACUUCGGCUUUGCUUUUAACGACAGUAAUUUUUCCGAUCGGGUCUUGAGGAUUGAGGUCGUUCGGGAUUUUCCGGAGGCAAAAUCUGACGGUGACAGUUGCUCGUCCAUCGCGGAUUGGGCACGUAAUAGAAAGAGGCGGAGAGAGGAUUUCAGGAAAGAAAUUGAUGUUUCCGUGCAACGUGAGGAGCAAAUAUUGAAUUGUAACUUCCCGGACACUGAGGAUGGCGAGACGUUUGAAAAUCAAGAUGAAGAUGCCAAGGCAAUGACUGAAAAGUCUCCUUCUGGUGUUGGAUUGAAUUGCAAUCUAAUUGGGAAUGAUAUGGUUAAUAGCAAUGAUUCAUCUUGGAAUAUUGAUUGUUCGACAGUUCUAAGAGUCAAUAUAGUGCAUGUUAGUUCUCCAAUUUUAGCAGCAAAAAGCCCCUUCUUUUACAAGUUGUUUUCAAAUGGAACGAGGGAGUCAGAGCAGCAACAUCUAGCACUCCGGAUACAUGCCUCUGAAGAAGCAGCUUUCCUGGAUCUUCUUAAGUUUAUGUAUUGCAACUCACUGUCAACUACCACACCUACUGCCGUGCUAGAUGUGUUGAUGGCUGCUGACAAAUUCAAGGUUGCAUCAUGCAUGAGAUAUUGUGGUCGAUUGUUACGAAACCUACCAAUGACCUGUGAAUCGGCCUUACUGUAUUUGGAUCUUCCUUCUACCAUUUUAAUGGCAGAUACCGUCCAGCCACUGACAGAUGUAGCAAAGCAAUUUCUUGCCGCAAGCUACAAGGACCUGGCCAAGUUCCAGGAUGAGGUACUCAAGUUGCCUCUUGCUGGUAUAGAGGCAGUUUUUUCCAGUGAUGAUCUCCAGGUAGCUUCAGAGGAUGCUGUUUAUGACUUUUUGCUGAAGUGGGCUCGGACUCAUUAUCCAGAACUGGAAGAACGACGUGAAGUUCUCACUACGCGUCUUGUCUGUCUAAUCCGUUUUCCGUAUAUGACUUGCAGAAAGCUGAAAAAAGUUUUAACCUGCAACGACUUUGAUGUAGAAACUGUAUCCAAGGUUGUGCUUGAAGCUCUGUUUUUCAAGGCUGAGGCAUCUUUCCGACAGCGUGCUAUCACAUCAGAGGCCGCCAAUGUCAGUUUUAGUUACUAUGUGGAGCGGGCUUACAAGCACCGCCCGGUCAAGAUUGUAGAGUUUGAACAGCCAUGGCAGCAGUGCAUUGUAUACCUGGACCUGAAGCGCGAGGAGUGUGCGCAUCUGUUUCCGGCUGGUAAGGUUUAUUCACAAGCGUUUCAUCUUGGCGGACAAGGGUUUUUCUUUUCCGCACAGUGCAAUAUGGACCAGCAAAGCUCGUUCCACUCCUUUGGACUAUUUUUGGGAAUGCAAGAAAGGGGAUCCGUUACUUUCGCCGUCAACUACGAGUUUACAGCAAGGUCAAAACCAACAGAGGAUUAUGUAAUUAAGCACAAAGGUAAUUACAAAUUCAUGGGCAGAAAGGCCGUUGGCUAUCGUAACCUGUUUGGUAUACCAUGGACACUAUUCAUGUCCGACGAGAGCAAUUACUUUAUUAAUGGCGUUCUCCAUAUCAGGGCCAAACUAACACUUAGAAAAUGAGAUUGUGAGCUAGGUUUAAGGAAGUAUUGCAUGGUCACUGUUACUUUAUUU